CACAGUGAGAAAAGAAAACUCACCACUUUCUCUCUUUCUCUUUAACCAUGGCGGCCACCCCACUUCUUCUUCUUCUCCCAAUCACCACUCUCAAUUCGCCGCAGCAAGCUUCAAUCUUUCGCGUUACAAUGUCCUCCUGCCUCUCCUUCUUCCUCCUCCUCACCCUCUCCAUCCUCCUCUUCACCCUCUACACAAUCUUCAAGAAUCACAAUGGCGGAAAGGGGGAAGAGGGCUCAGUAAAAAUCCAAUCUUUACCCGAAAACGCCGCCGAGAGGCCGAAUCAGGAAACGGGCCGGGAGCCCGGCCCGGGGAGUUCGGCCCGGUCCCUUCUUCUCGAGAUCUUGCCGCCGGAAUGGGAGGCCCUUUUGGGUGGAGGGGAGGGUGCUGGUGAGGAGAGCGGGCCGGGCCGGGAGGAUAAGAAGAGGAGGAGGAAGCGGGCCAGGAAGAAGAAGGCCGGGCCGAGUGAGGAGGAGGAGGAGGGGAGGAAAGGGAAGGAGGAGUUGGUGUGUUUGUAUCCUUUCACAAAGUCUUGUAGUGCUACGCAGAGGAAGAUCAAGCAGCAGUAUGAUCAGCUUGUCAAGUCUCAUGGAUCAAAUGGAUUGACUCUUGAUCAGGUUGGACAAUUCGUCAAUUGCCUGGUUGAAGCGAGAAACGAGCUGCAAAGCAAAUCCGAAGUCAUCAAGAGGAGAUUCACAAUCACCAAGGCCCUUCUGUUUAAGGCCGACAGAUCCUCCUUUGACCGCCUCCGGCAACAGAUAUACAAGCUGGAACUAGAGCAGAAGAGACUAGAAGAGGACGCUUUCGUCUAUAACUGGCUUCAACAGCAGCUUAAGGUCUCUCCCGCAUACAAGAAGAUGCUAGAAAUCAGCGCGUGUAUGGAGACGAAAGCAAAGUCCAGCAGCCCUGAAGAGAGCCAAGACGCCAGCUUCUGCGAUAUAUCAUUUGAGGAACUACUAGCACAAGAGAAGAAGGACGCAUUUUGGCAGAGAAACGGGAAGCUGAGAACGUGCUCGGGGUGAGAGACGAAGUUUAGCUGAAACUGAUUUUAGGUGAUUCAGUAAUAACAUGUACAUCCAAAAUCCAAAAAUCACUCACUGCUGCAGGAAAAUCUGAUGCUGACUAUGCUCUCUUGGAUUCAUUUCAUUACAGAAUCUUGAGGUGUUUCAACUUUUUGUUCCUCAAUUACCAGUUUUUGUGUUAGUGGAGUGUAAUCCAUCCAGCAUAGUGCAAACAGAUUUUCUGUAAAUCAAGUUUUUGCAUAACUUUUUUGUCAUUUAUACCAACCACAGUUUGAUAUGAACUAGUCUUCUCUCUGUCCA